AAAGUGUCGUCAAAGUCCAAGGGCACAAGGAUACUUUUUGGAAUCUGGCGAUCGCUUUCUAUGGUUAUCCGGAAAUCAGACAUUAUGGACGAUGGAGAUAUUGUAAAAGAAGGACAUCUUCGGAGACUGAAGACGCUGAAAAAGCGAUUUUUCGUUCUACGUUCGUCGCCAAGAAAAGGCAAAUCCCGACUAGAAUACUUCGAGAGCGAGAAGAAAUUCCGCUCAAAAGGCCCACCAAAGCGAGUGAUCUACCUAGCAAGCUGCCUAAACAUCGCAAAGAAAGAGGACUCUAAGCACAAAUUGGUGUUUGCUUUGUACACACGGGAAGAUGUUUUUGGCUUAAUCGCGGAAUCGGAGGACGAAUUGAACGCUUGGAUGAAAAUAUUGAAUAUAGAGAAGAGAAAAGAUGAGAUCUUUAAUGCAUCUGUAUCAACCUGGCCUGUCGCUGUGAAACCAAGGGGAUUGGGAACUAGCAAGAACCUUGCUGGUCUGUAUGACCUUCAGUUGUCAACUUGCAACUUAGCACUGGUUAAAAAAGACACCAAAGAACCAGCCAUAGAGGUGCAGCUGGUCAAUAUUAGACGCUGUGGCCAUACAGACUGUUUUUUCUUUAUGGAGCUUGGGAGGUCUGCAGCCACUGGGGCUGGUGAGCUGUGGAUUCAGGUUGAUGAUCAAGUUAUUGCACAGAACAUGCAUGAAGCUAUAUUGAGCGCCAUGCACAACAUCUCCUCAUCUGAUCUUCCACCGGCUCCUAGGCGACGUUGUGAUAGUGAAGGAAAACGAGGAAAGUCUCGACCUCGUCCAGUGUCAGCUCUCAUGUAUCCACCCAGCCGUGGUCGUUCAGACACUGAGCCAACUUCUCAGAAUCCGUUGGUUCGUACUGUGAGCUCCUCAGUUUCAACUCGGAACUUAACAGAGUUUGAAAGUCCCAAGAACAAAACGUCAUCUGUGUUGAAUCGCUUGCGGCCGCGGAGAAGAUCAAAGGAAGGUUUGAAUAUGAGCUCGGAAAGUCAAGUCAAGAACCAAGAAGAAAAAAAUUCAGACUUCAGUGACAAAGUAUUGAUGCGCCCCCCGUCAAAACCACUAGAACAGAAAGAUGACCAACCGGAGUACAUGAAUCUUGGAUCGAAAAAUGUAGAAGAAACAUCGAGCAUGCAGGAUUACAUGGCGAUGAAUGGGGUAACUGGAGGCCGCAAAAAUAGUGAUUCCUACGUGGAUAUGGAGGCAACCAAGUCGAAGGCUGUGAAAGCAUUUAAGAUCGUCGACAAUGAACAGCUGAACAAAAAAACGACACACACAGCCCCCGAUGGGGGCUACAUGGACAUGACGUCACUAAGAAAACAACACAGUGACAUACAAAACGGGACUGCGAAGAGUCAAAGCUCGAGCCCGCGGGCUGGGUUUGUACAGCAGUCCAAAUCGUCGUCUCCCAGGCAGCUGAGAACCACAGAAAGUGCGUUGCCAAACAAACCAGACAUUCGUGAAUUCGUUGCCAUCAAAAUGUCUCCAUCCUCUUCCCGCAGAAGAUCAAGCCAGGAUUAUGUUUCGAUGUGUCCCCUCGCUGUAGAAUCAGGCGGAUCUCCUAGUUAUGUAAAUUUUUCGCCCGGGAUGAACUCUCCGAGGUCGCGGUCUCCGAACCCCGAUGUGAGACAACGUAAAGAGGACUCGAACGGUUAUUACGUAAACUUUACCCCUGGGGAAGAAUUUUCAAACAGGGGGAAAUAUCUAGAAAUUCCGACUUCACUAAAACGUCUCAACAACUCAGGUGAUUCAUCUUCGUAUGAAGAUAUGCACAGUUACGUUAACUUUAGUCCCGGAAAGAUCACUGAUGACAAGAACUCGAACAACAGUUUUAAGAAGCAUAGCCUGGAGUCUGUCUUAUUGGACAAACCUCGCGCGUACGAAAACAUUGAUCUCAGAGGUAUUACAAAAAGCAAAAGCGCAGUAGAUGUGCCCGAGUACGUAAACUUUGUUCCAGGGGAUAUCUGCGAAAGUAGCAUAAAUGACGUUUUCUCAGUCAAUGACGAUCCGGACACCGGCCUAGUUAAGGCCCAAGAGUAUGACGAGUUUUCUCCUGGAAAGAUUCAAGUUGAAGGACAAAGAUGGAGAAAAUCACCUCGUUCUUACAGAAGAGACAGUGAACCAGCCAGAAUACAGACGCCAAAGUUUGUGACUAUCGCACCACUAGACACAACUCAAGAAGAUGAGGAAAUUAAGCAGCUUAAUUACGUCAUGCUCGACUUAAGCAAUCCCGACAACUCUUCUGAGUCUCCAAGUCGUCAGCGCCGACGACCUCCGAACAUAGACUUAAGCUCGUGUCAGCGCGGGUCGCCAGGGCCAAAAUCUGCUCCCAUCAGAAGUGCGUACGCUGAGGUGGACUUCACUAAAUCUGAUGGGAUAAGGCAAGCUAGGCAGGAGAGAAGGGAAUCAGCUUACGCUCUUGUCAUCAACUAAGCAGAAGACGAGAGCGGACGAAAGUAGGUACUUCGUGAUUCAAACUAUUUGUUGAACCGUCGAUGUGGCAAGCGUAUUUACCUGCAUCGUUAUAUAAACGAUUGGGGACUGAGAAGAAGCUCUAUUUACUGCUAGAUCACAGAAGCAAUUCAUGUUUGGAUGAGCAUGUAGAGAUUCACUUUGGUGGGAUUGCCCAAGGUAACUAUUUCCUAAGAAGAAACAUUUCCAAUUAAGACAUGAUUUCUUGUGGCUGCUCAUUCCGGAAACUUUGUAGCUGAAAAUUAAAUUAGUUCUUAACUUUUGAAAAAUAGAUCAGUAGGUCUGUGGCAAGUGACAAACAGAAUAUGAGGUGUACCAAGUUUAGCCUGAACCACAUCCUUUGAACGAGGGCUGAUUGAAAAUUGAUAGCAUAGAAGAAAUUUCAUUGAAAAUGUUUUGUUUAGGAUCUUUUCAAUUAGUUUUGUAAAAGGCGAUGUUGCACGAGCCGAUUUGUAUCAUUGUUGCAGCUUAAUGUCGCAGAAAUUUUUUUAUUUCGUUAGAAAUCUCGUGAAACGUCUCUCAGUCUACUUUUGAUUCCAAGAACGAGAUCGUAUUCGGCGAUUGCUCGGGGAUCCGAAAACAAUCGUGUUUCUUGACGAGAAUUGGCCGAGGGUCGCUCCUCUCAUGGUUGGCCAAUCGAUAUUAACUGGUUGGAAAAUAUUAUGAUAGAAUUGAUUUAACAAUAUUUUUCUAUUUAAGGCAGUGAUCAUUCGCUAGCGAUUGCGAUGCAUGAGGAAAUAGUUCUAUGAUUUUUUUUAGCCCAGGAUUUUGAUAUUUUUUAUUACUUCGGCUUUAUUGUGACCAAUGUUAGAAGUGAUAACUGAAAGGGAAGGCCUGUUAAUGUGUAAGAUAAAAAAGUGCUGCAGGUUUUGUUGGGAGCUCCCUAACUGCGUAUUAGUUUGGCGUCCGAAUGAAGACAGAGAUUGCUCAACCCGGUACCAGGUCCCUAAGAGGGCAAGUUGUUCUUUAUCGGAAUGCCAUUAAACGUUGUGUCCAGUCACGUCCACGAAACCAAGAAAUCUGUCGGGUUUACUUACCACUUACUUAUAGAAUAAAAUUGAACCAACUAGACAGUUAGAGUAAGUUUGUUGUAAGAGCUGAAAGACCGGUGGAUAUAAUUCUUGAAGCACACAAUAACUUGCAGUCCAAUUUAUAAUUGAUUUUAAGAUUAAUGCGUCGAUCAUGCGUCGAUCAAUUUGAAGUUUCAACAUCCCCCCGCCUUCCCUACUGGGCAUUUGAACAGUUGGAAAGUGGUUCGUUUAAAUUCCCGUCCCCCAAGGCCAAAAUUGUGCUCAAAUACCCAACCCAAGUCCCGGCUUUGAUGGUCAAUUUUUUUUGUGAAAAGCAAGAUCGGCGACUGUGACUUUCUGGUCAUUGAUAAGCAAUUGGUCUUAUUAUUCAAGUUUUCUUCUUAGCCAUAGGCUUGCGAAAGUGAACUCUUUACCCCAGAAUACAUGCAUAUUAUACGGUAAAACACGUUUAUUCCACUGGAAUACUUGACACUUCCGGUUCAAAUUUCCCACCCCAUCUAGACAGGGCUUAAGUUACCCACGCCCGAGCACGGACGACUGAGUUGCCUGGGGGAGAGGGGGAAAUUAGAAGCUUCGAAUUUAUCGGCGUUUAACUUUUCUUCAUAAUUAUUCACUCAGCCUUGUUACAUACACGAAAUUUUAACCCUUAACCCUUUCACCCCCAAGAUCUCAUUGGUAAUUCUCCUUACUAUCUGCCGUACAAUUCUUAUGAUGUUAGUUCAGAGGAUUUGGUAUUGGAUCAUCUAAUAAUCCUGUUGUUAAUAUUUUUCGUUAUUCUCAUUACCUACCUGCUUGAUGUUGUAUUGAUAUUGUAAGGAGAAAUUCAACUUUUGACUCAGAGGGUGCUAAUGUUAUGUAAUAGUAAGGACAACAAACUAACUCACACGGAAAUGAUUUUAAAGUUCAAGAGUUAAGAAAAAAUGCGCAAUUAGAAUCUUGUUUAUUCUAGCACAAUUAGUACAAGGUAAAUUCGAUUGGACCCAGUUUACAAGUGGUUGGUGUCAGAACUUUUAGAAAACUUUUUUGAAUUAAUAGAAUCACGCUGUAUUUAUUUUUAAUUGCCCAAU